AUGCAGAACCAGCCAAUGACACUUUCCGGUGGUAUUUCUAGAAUUCUAGUUCACAAAACCCUAUUCGAGAUGAGAACGAACAAAGCGUGUCUUAAAGAACUGCUCGUUAAGCGGGAAGUCAGCCUACUUGGCAAGGGUCGUAAGGUGAAUGUUGGCAGAUAUAGCAACCAGGACUCCGUCAGGAGGCAUCCACCUACGUCCGAGCAAUUCGAAGUCGCUCAUUAG